AUGGUCUCUCUUUUGAACAAUUUAGGUUCUUUUGAAUCGGUAUUGUUUCAAGAGAAUUUAAUUUCUGAUGAACUUCAGAAUGCAUUCGCUUCUAAACCACAACAAGAUGAUGAUGCUAGGUUUGGUGGCAUGUCUUCAAUCAGUCUUCUCAGAAUGACGUCUUGUUCUGUACUAAAAGAUCUGCAGAAAUCACUGGAACGACUUGGCCUUCCAAGUGUUUUGAACCCAUCUGCUAUUAAGGAAUUUUGUUUUGAAAGAGCAUCUCUAAUAUUCUGUACUACUUCAAAUUCCUACAAGUUGCUUACCACUAAAAUGUCGCCUCUGAACUUAUUGGUCAUAGACGAGGCUGCUCAAUUGAAAGAGGCUGAGUCGACCAUUCCUCUUCAACUUCCGGGAAUAAAGCAUGUUAUUCUCAUUGGCGAUGAGUGUCAAUUACCUGCAAUGGUCAAGAGCAAUGUUUCUAGUGGAUCAUGCUUUGGAAGAAGUUUAUUUGAAAGAUUAAGUUCUCUGGGUUAUCCUAAACAUCUUCUUAAUGUUCAAUACAGAAUGCAUCCUUCAAUAAGUUUUUUCCCAAAUUGGAAAUUCUAUCAGUCUCAGAUCCUCGAUGGAGAAAACGUAACUUCUAAUAGCUACAUAAAACAAUAUCUGUCAGGACCAAUGUUUGGUCCGUAUUCAUUUAUAAAUGUUGUAGGUGGAAAAGAAGAAAGGGAUGAUGAUGGACAAAGUCUAAGAAAUAUGGUUGAGGUGGCUCUUGUGAUUAAAAUAGUGCAGAGUCUUUAUAGAGCCUGCCAUGACUCCAAAGAGAAGGUUAGCAUUGGUGUUGUAUCUCCUUAUGCUUCUCAAGUUGCGACAAUUCAAGAAAAACUUGCUUGCAAGUACGAGAAACUUGAUGGGUUUUCUGUAAAGGUGAAGUCAAUUGACGGGUUCCAAGGUGGAGAAGAAGACAUCAUUAUAUUAUCUACUGUAAGAUCCAAUGAGCGUGGAUCUGUUGGCUUUAUAUCUAGCUCUCAAAGAAUGAAUGUUGCGUUGAGCCGAGCUCGACACUGUCUUUGGAUACUUGGCAAUGAACGGACUUUGGUUAAAAGUGAAUCCGUGUGGGGAGAACUAGUCUGUGAUGCAAGAAACAGACAUUGUUUCUUCGAUGCCGAUGCUGAUUCAUUCUUAAAGAUGACCAUAAUAUCUGUAAAGAAGGAGCUAGAACAGCUUGAUGAUCUCGUUAACGAAAAUAGUGUACUUUUCAAAGAUGCAAAGUGGAAGGUACUCAUUAGUGAUGACUUCAGGAGAUCAUUUGGAAAGCUGACCUCUUCUCGCAUGAAGAAGAUGGUUUUAAAUCUUUUAUUGAAACUUUCUGGUGGAUGGCGCCCCAAGAGCACUAGUGUAGACUUGUAUCUUGAAAAUUCUAGUCAAAUUUUGAAAAAGUUUAAGGUUGAAGGACUCUAUGUUAUAUGCACUAUUGAUAUUGUCAAGGAAUUUCGAUACAUACAAGUUUUAAAGGUUUGGGAUUUAUUAUCCUUAGAGGAGAUCCCAAAACUGACAAAAAGGCUCGAAAGCCUAUUUACUUCGUACACAGAUGAUUAUAUUACUCAUUGUACAACAAGAUGUCUGGAGGGGAAAUUGGAAGUUCCCCAGAGUUGGGAACCAUCACAAGAUAUUAUCCGUUUUCGUACACUAUGUAACCUCAAAGAUGGCAGUGAAGUGAGUUCAAAUGCUGGUGAUGGUAGCAGCUACAUCGAGAACUCAAAAGUGAGUGAAAGCUUGUUGCUUACGAAGUUCUACUUGUUGUCAUCAGGAGUGGUGAACCAUUUGCUUUGUGACAGUAAACUUGAUCUACCAAUGCAAGUCACUGAUGAACAGAUGGACAUAAUUUUAUUUGGAAAAACAUCUUUUAUAAUUGGACGAUCAGGAACCGGCAAAACCACUAUAUUGACAAUGAAGUUGUUCCAAAACGAACAAAGUUUUCUUGUUGCUUCGGAAGGGUUUAAUGUAGAAGAUGGCAUCCAAGUCGGGGAUACCGACGUUGUUGUUUGUAGAGAAGAAAGCAAAAUAACUGUUCUGCGCCAGCUGUUUGUUACAGUCAGCCCAAAACUGUGUUAUGCUGUGAAGCAACAUCUUUCAGAUCUUAUAGGUAAGGCAAGCGCCGGGAAUUCAUCAACAGAGAUUAAUAUUGAUGCAGAGGUCUCAGCGGAUUUCAGUGAUAUCCCUGACACAUUUGUUGAUAUUCCCAAGAAAAUGUACCCUCUCGUUAUAACAGUUCAUAAGUUUCUAAUGAUGUUGGAUGGAACAUUGGGGAAUUCGUUCUUUGAAAGAUUUCACGAGGCAAGAGUACUUUCGCGUGGUAACCAAAUAAGUUCGAGAUCUGUUGUCUUGGAAACUUUCAUAAGAUCAAGGGAAGUCACAUUUGAAAGAUUUUGUUCACUUUACUGGCCCCGGUUUAAUUCAAAUCUUACAAAGAAGCUUGAUCCUUCUACAGUGUUCACUGAAGUUAUUUCUCAUAUAAAAGGAGGCUUGUUAGCAGGAGAAAGCUGUGAUGGAAAAUUGAGCUUUGAAAAUUACUCUUUGUUGUCGGAAGGUCAUACAUCUACAUUAACAAGAGAGAAAAGGGAGACUGUUUAUUCCAUCUUUCAAGCCUAUGAGAAGAUAAAAUCCUCAAGAGGAGAAUUUGAUUUGGGAGAUUUAGUGAAUGACCUUCAUCGCCGGCUUCAAACUGGGAAUUAUGAAGGUGACCAGAUUGAUUUUGUUUAUAUUGAUGAGGUGCAAGAUCUGAGUAUGAGGCAGAUUUCCCUUUUUAAAUACAUUUGCCAAAAUGUUGAUGAAGGUUUUAUAUUUGCUGGUGAUACCGCGCAGACCAUAGCAAAAGGGAUUGAUUUUAGGUUCCAAGAUAUACGGUCUCUUUUCUACAAAGAGUUUAUAAACAACGGAUUAGUUGGGAAAGAAAAGAAAGGUCAUGUAUCCAAGAUUUUUCAACUGAAACAGAAUUUCAGGACUCAUGCUGCUGUGCUUGGCUUAUCUCAGAGUGUCGUUGAUAUUCUUUACUGUUACUUUGAUUAUGCAAUUGAUAUUUUAGAGCCUGAGACCAGUCUUAUAUCUGGGGAACUUCCUGUUUUGCUCGAGUCUGGCGAUGAUGAAAAUGCAUUAGCGACCAUCUUUGGUGGCACAAGAACUGGUGGACAAAUUGUUGGUUUUGGUGCCGAACAGGUGAUAUUGGUACGCGAUAAUUGUGUGAAGACAGAAAUUUGUGAGUAUGUUGGAAAACAUGCGCUUGUUCUCACAAUAGUGGAGUGUAAGGGUCUUGAAUUUCAGGAUGUGUUACUGUACAACUUUUUUGGGUCAUCCCCUCUUAAAGAGCAGUGGAGAGUAAUAUACGCGUACAUGAAGGAACAGAAUCUGCUUGAUGAAAAACUCCUCUUUCUUUCCCGAGCUUCAGUGAGGCAAAACAUAAUAUCUUGUGUUCAGAACUGA